CUGUGUCAGUGCCCAGGCGAGCCCCUGAGCUGCAUCUCCCUGCCCAGCGAUGGGUCCCAACCUGCUCCUUCUGCUGCUGCUCCUGGGACUCACAGGCCAGGGCUUGGCUGAGGAGCUGGAGGCAUCUGUGGGGGGCUCCCUUCAGGUGCUCUGUUUCUAUGGACUCCAGGACAUCAAGGGUCAGAAGGUGUGGGGCCGGUUCUUGCCAGAGGGGUACCAGCCUUUGGUGUCUUCAGCAGUGGAUCGCAGAGCACCAGAGCACAGCCGCAUAUUCCUCACCGACCUGGGGAGUGGCCUGCUCCAGGUGGAGAUGAUUGCCCUGAGGGAGGAGGAUGCUGGGGAUUACGGCUGUGUGGUGGAGGGGGACACUGGGCCCCAGACGGUGCACAGAGUGACUCUGAAAAUCCUCCCCGCAGCUCCUGGCCUGAACGAAGAAGAGGUUGACAAUUUGGCUGAUGACCUUUCUUCAGGCUCUGUAGCCAGUGCCAGCCCUCUGGAACCCAGGCAGGAUGAGAAGAGCACCCCCCUGAUCUGGGGCUCUGUGCUCCUGCUGGGCUUACUGGUGGUGGCAGUGGUGCUGUUUGCUGUGUUGGCCAGAAAGAAAGGGAACAGGCUUGUUUUCUGUGGCCAAUCCGAGAGCAGUGGAGCUCCAGACAUGGCACCCUCCUCAAUGGUCCACAUCGAUGAUUCUGGACUGGCUGUAGAUGUGCCGUCAAAUGUACCAUAUGCGAGGCUUGACUCACCACCUUCCUUUGAUGACAACACCUAUACCAGCCUACCUCUUGAGCCCCCAUCAAGGAAACCCCCAUACCCAGCCCCAUCCUCCUCAUCCCCUCUGACUCCUGAGGUCCUGACCUGCUCCAAUACUGUGACAUAUGCCACAGUCAUCUUCCCUGGAGGGGACAAGAGUGGAGGGGGCUCCGGGGAGCCAGCCCAGGAUCCUCCUAAUAGCCAGACUCCACCCAGCUGAGCUGCUCACCACACUGUGUGCUCACAGAGACCGUCCUGGGCUUCUUUCUGUGUGUCCACCCAGCCAGUCCAUGCCCUACAUCCUUAGUGUGUCAGAGCAACUGGGGAUGUUAGGGUCUAAUCUAAUGUCUUGACUUUUCUAACCUUGAAAGUGACGAUUGGGUGUGAUUGAGGUGUCUUGGAGAAGUCUCCCAUGCUGGUUCCUCUGCCAUUACACCCCUGGGCUAAAUAAAUGUUAAAUGAUGAUA